AUGUCUUUAACUCUAGAUCGUGAGAGUCUUUCUAAAUUUAAGGCAGUUAAAACUUUCAGAUUACAAGAAAAGGAGGUAAGUCCCAUCACUUCAUUAAAUUUUGAUGAUAAUGGUAAAUAUUUAUUGACAGCAGCUGCAAAUGAUAAUAUGCAUCUUUAUGAUUCUGUAUCCUGUAAAUUUUUAAACACAAUUGGUUCAAAGAAAUAUGGGUGUCAUUCUGCCAAAUUUACGCAUGCACAAAAUGAAUGUAUCUAUUCUUCAACGAUGAAAUCAUUCGAUAUUAGACAUUUGAAUUUAGAAACAAACCAAUAUUUACGCUAUUUCACUGGCCAUGGUGCUUUAGUUCAUGAUAUCCAAAUGUCCCCUUUGGAUGAUACCUUUUUAUCUGCAUCGUAUGAUGAAUCCAUAAGACUCUGGGAUUUAAGGUCAUCAAAGGCCCAGGCAAUUAUCCCAAGUGUAGUUCCAAAUUGCAUUGCAUAUGAUCCUUCGGGUCUUGUAUUUGCACUGGGUAACCCUGAGUCCAUGGAGAUUGGCUUAUACAAUUUAAGACAGCUGAUUAAAGGCCCAUUUUUAACAAUAAAUUUGGAUACUCAAAACAAUUUCUCUUUGGCAAAUAACUUUAAAAAGAAUUGGAAUAAAUUAGAAUUCUCUAAUGAUGGUAAAUAUCUUUUGGUAGGGUCGUCUUAUGGCAAACAUCUAAUCUUAGAUUCAUUCAGUGGUGAAAUUUUAUUUGAAUUAUCUGGGACAAAACCUUUCCCCAACAGAGAGUUUAUGGAUAGUGGUUCUGUAUGUUUCACACCGGAUGGGAAAUUUACUGUCGGGACUGAUUAUGAUGGCAAGAUAGUAUUUUGGAAUCAUUCUAAUACGAUAAGUAAUAAAGUUUUGAAACCAAUGGUUUCUAUAAAUGCUGCACAAGAUUCAUGUCCAAGGACAAUAGCAUUUAAUCCAAAGUAUUCCAUGUUUGUCACUGCUGAUGAAAAUGUAGAUUUUUAUGUAUAUGAGAAUAAUUAA